AUGUAUGAGCCGUUGUAUCUUUCCUUUGACGCCUACCCCAGUGUGGUCCCCCGUGUGAGGGUACGAGGCGUCAUGGCUCUCUUCCUCGCCGUCACCAUCCUUUGGGCCCUUAUCUGGCUGUUAUAUCGUGCAUGGCAGGUUUGUCAGACGUCCAACGAGGUUUUGGUUGAGAAACUGGGUUUGGAUAUUCCCCCGCCGCCAGAGGUUACUUUGGAGGAGAUCACUGCCCGUGAGAUUCGCAUCGCUUGGAAACAGCCCGAGUUCCACAAUUCGAUCCAUAAACAUAUCAUACAAGUGAAUGGCACAAAAGUGGGCGAAUCGAAACGAGCCGAGACCGCAGUCGAAAUUCUAGAUCUAAUCCCCGGAAAUAUCUACCAUAUUUGCGUCCUCUCCGUCAGUGCGGCCAACUUCCAGACUCCUAGUGCCAUCAUCCAUGUCCGGACGAAGUCUCUUCCUCUGUCCUCGACGCAACAGAAUGCUUCCGUCGGCGGUCCUACUAUCCGGGCAUCGAUCCCGCGCUCAACUGCCGGUCUCGCUGCUCCCUCGGCCCCGAUCAUGUCUCGCGAGCACAGUGGAGGUCAGAUAGCCUCGAAACGAUCCUCGGCCGGGCGAAAACAGUCCCCCGCUGCCAGCGGAGCGGAGACCUCCCAUAGUCAAUUGGAGGAACUGCAGAAGAACAUGGCCGGCGGCGAUCGUGAUGAAACCCUGGAGAAACUCGCCGACAGACUGAAGUCUUUACAGCAAGAAAACGAAAAUGUCGAAAAACAGACUACCGAUGAAGAUGAGGAACAUGUUGCGCUGCUGAAGGAACUCGAAAAACAGCGUGAUGACCUACGCAAACGGGUCAAGGAAAAGGACGAAGCCAGCGGCGAUCUAAAGAAGCAUGUCUACAAGCUUGAAAGUGUCAAUCGGACGGUGCAGAGCGAGAAGGCAAAGCGCCAGCGACUCCUACAGCAGAAGGAGUCUGAGCGUAAAAAGCGCAAGGAUGAUAUCGUGCGGUGGCAGGAACGGAUGGCACGCAUGACAGCAGAGGCCGAAAGUGCAAAGGAGGAAAAGGAACGCUUGGAGGCUGACGGCAAGACUCGUGCCGAUGAGGUGCGAGAGAAAAUCGCCCAACAACAAGCCGAGAUGAAGGUCGUCGACGAUGAGAUCCAGGACAAGGGUGGCCGUGUCAAGAAGCUGGAGGAAGAAAGAAAGGAUCACCAAGGGCCCGACAGCGAAGAUGGUAGGGAACUGGACCGAAUCGACAACGACCGAGCUCGCCAGUGGGAGAUCAAACUAAGCAAUCUACAUGCACGAUACGCUACGCUUGUAAGCCUUCAUGCGCAGGCACAGCAACAGUAUCAAGAAGCGCAAGAGCGUUUCAAGUGGUUGACCACCCAACGACCCGGAAGCACCGCACCGUUCUCUCUUCCUUCUCUGGAUCUCGAUCUGUCCAACAAUGCCACCAUCCGUCCUCGUCGUCAUCGCAGUUCGCUUGCCAGCAACGUUUCAUCUCCUAUGAACUUCCCCGCUCUAGAAUCGUCGUUCCCAGGUGGCAUCAAUUUCAAUCCACCCUCCACCCACUCGCCCACGUUUGGUCCAACUCCUGCCUUCUUCAAUAUCAACAAUGGAAUGACUCUUCCUGGCCUUUCGGGCCAACCUGACCCGCUACGGUUGGAGUCGGAUAUCUCUUUCAGCAACCCCCAAAUGAGCCCUCGCGCCGAUGCAUUGCUACCGUCCGAUCUUCUAGGGGAUGAAGAAUCUCCGGAACUUCCACGACCAAUUGUACGCCCUCGAUUUCCGGAUCUUGAGCCCUCGGGUCCUCAGCUCGAUAAUUUCCCUCACGGCCCGCCGUCACCGGACUCCUCCGAGAGCCGACCUGGAAGUAUCUUUGCCAGUCCGCAUGAAAGGGACGGCCAGGACCAAGACACCGAGUCCCAGCCCGGGCAUUUGGGAGAAUCGGAGGAGGCCCCGAAGAGCGCAACGCGAAGACUUUCGGGUCUGUUCAAUUUCCACCGGCCUCGAGGGAAAACCCUGGCAGAUGAGCCUCCUUUGCUAGGCUCCUUGAAACCAGGUCAGAGCCAGUCUUUCCCGCGGAAUCUUGACGAGAUGGACCCGAUCGGAGCGAGACGUCGUCGGUUGAGUUAUACCGGCAAUUGGGCCAACCCGAUCUCGUUACUUCCCCGGAGCAAUACCACCGGAGUCACGAAUGACAGUUCUUCGGACCAUCUGCCAUCCCGACGAGCAGCUUUCUCAAGCAUCUUUUCCCCCAGCCGAUUCGGGUUUGGCAGCGGCAGCAACCUGGGCAAGUCCAGCGAACCGUCGGACCUCAACACUGGGUACAAUCAGUUCAGCCCCAGGCAUGACCCCAUCGAUCCGUCCUCAAUCCUUGGAACUGUUCGACGCGGGUCGUUGUCGCCACGACCAUCGUCGACGUUUUCUUUCGACAACCAGCUGCCGCAUCCCUCCACAGACAAUCGGCACUUCGGCUGGCCCUCGACCGAGAAGUCGGACCACCGAAGCCUGCUCGGGUUUGAUUGGACUUCACCGUCUACAUGGUCGCGCGUACAUUCGCGCCGACCGUCGACGCAGUACGGCUCCUCCGGUCACCUCCCCCUCGGACUUACGGGGGAGCCUGAUUUUCCACAAGACCCCUUCGAGAGACAGGGUCGGCCCCUUCAAGCCCCAAUCGGUACACGCCCCUCAUCCUCCCAUCGACCCGUUACUCCGAAACUAAAUCCAGCGGCCCCUUCUUUCAAGACCAUUUUUACCGGGAAACGCUCCGAUAAGGAUAAGGAGAAAGAGAGGGCUAAGGACAGGGACCAUGAUACAUCGUUUGAGUUUUUAAUGGAUGACGGCUCGCCCUCCGAAUCUCGCGCCUCUCGGGACUCGCGAUCUCUGUCGAUCCUCACCGGAGACUCGCACGAGUCGUUGGAGCGCAUGCCGUCUGCAGCUUCCGCGGAUAACAACAGCUCGAAAGAAUCCUUCAUCCGGAAAAUCACGCGCAAGGGUAGUUCAGGGAAAUUCAGUUCGUGGAAGGACCGCUCGGGCUUAUUCUUCAAGAAGGGCGAUUCGUCUCAGGGCGACAUUGACGAGGAUGGAAACGGCGAGUCAUUGCUUGCCAAGAGUAUGGACAGUACCAUUUCCAGUGCUCCAUCUGCGGAUAGGUCCACCCGAAGCAGUCUGGGUUUCUUUAGUCGAAAGUCGAGGAAAUCGGACAAGGCCGCCAGCGAGACGAGCGAACGACCUAGUGAACGAGCCAGCGAAAUCGGUGAUGAUGAAAUUCCGGAGGAAGUCAAUGCUUCUUAA